AUGCUGCUGGCGCCCCAGGAUAUGUCCUCUUCAAGGAAGAGGACGGGGCCGAAUCGCUGGAAACAAUUUACCAGGAAGCCGAGUCCCAAGCCUGCCUUUGACCUUGACAAUGCGGAGCACUGGAUUAAGAGGGUGGAGAAAGCCUCAGAAUUUGCAGUUUCAAAAGCAUUCUCUGCUAGAAAUUCUGAUUUAUCCAGAAGGCUUUGGAGCCAUAUCAUAGAUUUGGAAACACCUGAGCAAAUAGAGGAUCAUGAUGAAGUCUAUGCAGAAGCUCAGGAGCUAGUCAACGACUGGUUAGACACCAGACUUAAGCAAGAACUAGCAAGUGAUGGUGAAGAUGCUAAAGACACAGUAUCAAAUAUCCCUUCUGUGCCGGAAGCCACUGGGCCUUCGAAAUAUGACAGGUUUGAUGAGUUAUGUGGCUAUUUGGAGGAAGAAGAGGAAAGUACCACUGUUCAAAAAUUUAUAGACCAUCUGCUCCAUAAAGAAGUGGUGAAUUCUGGAAUGUUGGAAGAUCUUGGAAUGAAUGGAAACCAAGACAAGCAGCAGCAGAAGGAUCCUCGCCUUACCAUGGAGAUGAGACAUAAGCAGGUAAAAGAAAAUCGCCUAAGACGUGAGAAAGAACUAGAGCGCCAGAGAAUUGAAAAGACCCUGAAAAAAUCAGCGUUGUUAGAGGCUCAGUAUUUGGUGCAAGAAGAGAAGAGAAAGAAGGCUCUGGAGGCCAAGAAAGAGGAGGAGGAGAUUCAAAGGGAGAUGGUAAAGCUGCGGAGGGAGAUAAUUGAGAGGAGACGCACUGUGGAAGAAGCAUGGAAAAUAGAGAAGAAAAAGCAGGAAGAAAAUUCUCAAAACAAUAAAGAAGAAAGCAUCUUUCAAAGUGAUCAUAUUCUGCAUGAAGAAAAAAUGGCGAAAGAAAGAAAGAAGAAACUGAAAGAGUUACUAAUCCAGACUUUCAAGGAAAAUCAUCAGUGUCAAAAACGGUAUUUCUCUGCCUGGCACAAGCUGAUCCUUGAUCAUAGGAUCAAGCUGGGAAAAGCUGGGACCCUGUCUGACUGGAAGUUUCAACUGAAAGUCCUGCGGGCCUGGAGAGACUACACAAGAUCCCAGAAGUUGGCACGGGAGACUCAAGCCAUGGAAAAUUACCUUAGGGAAGAAAACAGAACUUUGUUGCUUAGAAAACAACAACUGGCCACUGAAUAUAACCGGAAACAAGUUCUCCGACACCACUUUACAGAAUGGCAGCAUUGGCAUCGUGCAGAGGUCCUAAAGAGAGAGCUGGCGCAAACUAAGAAGGAAACCAGGAAGAGAAUGAAUGAGCUGCUGAUGGCAGCAUCACUAGGGAAACUCAGUGCAAAUGGGUCACCUGGCAUCAGUCUACUUGAGGAAGCAGCAGCCAUGGUGGAUGCACCUGUAAGAAAUGGAGAGGUGACUGGUGGGCCACCUUUGUGGGAAAAGCCUCCUUCAGGGAGCAGUGAUUACAUGCCCAGCCCCCAUCUAGGAAGACCAACAAAGAGCAGCUUGCAUUUUCCCUUCCAGCAUGUCCCUUUGAACACAUAUGACAAUAAGCAGCACGAGACCCAGGAUGUUGAGCCGUCCCAACAGCCUGGCAGCAACAAGAUCAUCAGAACCACCAGCCAGAAAGCAGAAUCCAUGUGCAUGGGUCAUUUCCAUAACCGCCAUGUCCUCCAGCAACAAUUGAUUGAAAAGCAAAAGAAGAAACUUCAGGAACAGCAGAAAACAAUUCUAGAGCUGAAGGAAAGCCAGCGGUUAGCAGAGGCUCGGUGGGCAGCAGAGAGGGCUGCAGCAGUCGCAGAUGCACAGAGCUGCCAGCUGUCAAACCCCAGAGGAAAAGAACCUAAAAGAACCUGCCAGGUGCUUCCAAACUCGCCUGUUGCUUCCCCUGGGACUGAUGGUAGUAGAAGUGACUCCCAAAAUUCUCUCUCUGGAGCCCGAAGGAACCCAAGGCAGCUGAUGGCACCCCACCCCAUACUGAAAGCCAUGGAAGAGAGAGCAGUUCAGCGAGCUGAACGUAGGCGGAUCUUGGCAGAGAGGAAGAAAAAACAAGAAGAGGAGAAAUUGGCCCAGUUAAAGGCCCAAGAGGAGGACCGUCAGAAGAGGGAAGCAGAAGAAAAGGAAGCUCAGCUUAAGAAAAAACAAGAAGAGAAGAGACUGCAGAAAAUGAAAGAACUAGAGAAGCAGAAGAGAAUUAAGAGGAACCAACAGCUGGAAGCAGCAGCUAAAGAACAUUAUGAAAGAGUGUUGCUAAGAAAAAAAGGCAUGGAGCCUUGGAAAAGAUUGAGAAUGCAAAGCAAGCAAAACAUUCAGGUGGCAGAAGAACAUCACUCUUUGGCUCUACAGAGGAAAUGCCUGUUGUCUUGGCUCCAGUAUAGUCAGGAAAGCCUGGCUAGGAAGACAGCCUGGGCUGAUCAAUUUUAUUGCCAGAUAUUGCUUAGGAGAGUUAUCCGGAGCUGGCUACAGUACAUGACCGAACUGGAGGAAGACAUACGAAAACUGUGUGUACAUUUUCUUCAGAAGAAGAUGUUCAGGGCCUGGUUUAACAUGGUCAGGGAGGCCAAGACUGAUUCCCAGAGCAAGCACAAGAUUGCGGUGGAACAUAGUGACAGGAGGAUUCUCUGGAUCACAUUUCAGACGUGGAAGAAGUUUGCAAACUCUAUGAAAGAGGAAAGAAUAAAAGAAGAAAGGCGAAAGCAACUCCGCAGGAAGGUAGCUGAAAUUCUCCCGGACUUCCAGAUGCCCGCACCACCGUGA